UGGAAGCGACACUGAAGACUUCGUCCUGCUACCCCGUGUUUGACACCACCAUACGCGAAGAACUAAUGUAGGAUAUUAGAGGAAAGAACAAAAAGAGUGGAGCUUAGUAUUCUGGCAGCAAUGCGAUUGGCGCGUCGUAUCUGAGCGCGCUAGUCGUAUGCACAGACCGUUCUCCUUCUCUAUCCGGGAUAUCUACGCAUCCCAACAAACGGCGAGAACGUUGCUCGGGGAAUCUAUGUACGAGUAUAGAGGAUCUAGAUACGCGGAUACGCUAGAGGGGCUGUGCCCCUCGGUUGUUUGUUCAUCAUGACUUCUUUACAUAAAGACGUUGCUACACUUCUGUCCAUCUGCCAACCUCAGUCAACACACCAACAGUCCCAUGGUGUACUACUACAAACACAUCUCAACCUUCCAAACACAUUUCCAUCAUUGAUCGGCUUGAAUCAACAGUACCAGACAGGCUCCUGCCUCAUACCCCUAUCCUCCAACCCAAGAUGUCAACACCAGGGCCAGUAGACGACUCAAACGCGAUACCAGAGUAUGUACUCUGGCCGUACACACCCACGAUCGCGGCCGGUGCCAUUACCGCCGUGAUCAUGUUCAUACUGUUCUUCAUCCACACAUACCGCCUUGUCAAGAACAGGACAUGGUUCUGCAUACCCUUCGUCAUCGGAGCUCUGUGUGAAGCUAUAGGAUACUCCGCUCGAGCCGCAGCCCACAACGACACCGAGAACAAAACCCCCUACAUCAUCCAAUCCACGCUCAUCCUCCUUGCACCCAUCCUCUUCGCAGCCUCCAUCUACAUGAUUCUCGGUCGUCUCAUUCGCCGUACAGACUCUGCUGAAUACUCGUUGAUCCGAGUAAACUGGUUGACCAAGCUCUUCGUUGGCGGCGAUAUUCUCUGCUUUAUGAUCCAAGCCGGUGGCGCCGGCAUACUCGUAUCCGCCUCCGACGCUGACGGCUUCAAGCGCGGCGAACACGUCAUCCUCGGCGGCCUCAUCCUACAAAUCCUCAUCUUCGGCUUCUUCGUCGUCGUAGCCGGUAUCUGGCACGUACGACUCCAAAAGGGACCCACAGCUGCGUCUGCAGAUAUCCCUUGGACGAAGUUGAUCUGGUUCUUGUAUGCGGCUAGUGUGUGCAUUACUAUUCGUAACCUUUGUAGGGUUAUCGAGUAUGCGAUGGGCAAGGAUGGUUAUCUCCUGUCUCACGAAUGGCCCAUCUACGUAUACGACUUCCUGCCUAUGAUGAUUACGCUCAUCGUGUGUGUCUGGUGGUACGAUCCGAACAUCAAGCCGGCUCGCAAGGGAGAUAUUGAGUUCGCUCGUCGAUAGAUGGGCUUGGAACUUGUUUGUGUCAGCGACGCCGAGGUCAGGGCAGCACAGUUUCAAGAGACUUGUGCAUGCAAUAGCCCGAGAGACAGCUUCUGUGCUGGCAAGAAAUGUGUGUUCUUUGGUUUCCUUCGUGUAGCGUUCAUGUUUAUGUUUUCCGGUCUGCGGUAGUCGUCGAUAAUGGGUCUUUCACGCCUGUUAGAAAUGUUCUAUUAGACACCUAGUAUAGCUCAUGCAAGUCAUGCUAACAUGACACGAGAAGUUUUAUCAUAUCUCUCAACGCCUUCUUGGUCCUGCGGAGAUCAUUGUAGCCAGCUCUUUACCAUGUGUGA